CAGAGGAUAAAUUCUGGCGCAGUGAAAGCCAGAGCUGCAGAUGCUAGGCAGGGUGCCACGAAGCAGGACAGAGGAAGAGCCCUCACACAGCCACCAUGCUCACUGCAAGGACAGUCCUGCUGCUCGUGCUGCUCCUCACCUUCUCCCUGCACCACACUGCAGCCCACUCCUCACCCACUGAAUGCUGCUACAAGCACGCACAGAGACGCAUCCAACACAUACAGAGUUUCUAUGAGACGCCCAAAGAUUGCUCUUUGCCUGCAGUUGUGUUUGUGACACUGCGUGGUGUCAAGAUCUGCACCAACCCCAAGAAGCCCUGGGUGAAGCAAGCCAUAGAAAGACUUCAAAGGAAAAAAUGAAAUCCUCCUUCUGCCACCCACAGUCCUACCCACACGCCCAGUCCUCCCACCUCUGGAGGGAGCAGGCAGCACUUG